GGUGCGCUGAAUGUCCCCUGCUACUGAUCCUCGAUUCAGAUCUUGCGCUGGAGGUGUCAGCUUCAACCAACUCCGUUGACACAGCUGCUAAUUACUUCACAGUGACUGGUGGUGGUCCGUGCCAGUGCAUGAAGCGCGCCCUCAGACGGUCAGGGAAGGAAGAUUUUGCGAGCAUUCCAACAAGUUCAGAUCUAGUAAGCCUUUUUGCAUUAGGCGACAACUUGGAGGGCCCGCCUACUCGCAAUAGGAAAUCGUCAUCCUCGUCGAUUGAUGAUACACUCUAUGCUCUCCGAUCUGUUCGUCGACUUUUAGACACGCCCGAGUGUCCUGUUCCUCGCAAAACCGUCCCUUCUCAGCAUGCAGACGACAACCCCAUAGCAUCUUCAACCAAGACACCUUCAAGGAAAUCAUCCGUUCGUAAACUGCAACGUUUAGUGUCUUCCAAAAUGGAGGAGGACGCUGCGGAAACAGCCAUAGUUCAAACAUUACUUUUCGCAUUAUCCAUUCGCGAUUCCGACAACCUUGGAAACCUAGAGCCUGGCUUACAGACUACGGUCAAGAAUGCACCUAAAAAGUAUCCCUUACCAUUGGAAAAUCUUUCCAUGAAAGUCGGCUGCAACGAGCGCCAUGUCACGACAUGGGAUGAGCCCGACCACGCGUUCUACCUCUUCCCAGCUCAACUCUUGAUUGCAUGUACCUCCACACAUGAUUUCGACCCCUUGCUUGUUCCGGCCGUCACUCUCAUUCAUCUCGUGUGCAGUACAGUGGCAAUAAAUGGUCCCUACAAGUCUCAGAGCCAAAUCUCGUUCAGGACGUUUUAUGAUGGCGCUACGAUACGCUACAGUAAAUGAUACACCUACACCCGAUUUGUCCCGAGGAAUUCAUAUUGACUCGGAGAGGUCCUAUGGUGUUCUACCAAGGACGGGGAUGGUAAUGUCGGGUGGUGCAUGCGCUUCUGGAUUCCAAUCCCGUUCGCACUCUUUCAGCGAGCGGAGACCAGGACUUUCAAGAUAGAUGCCAAGGUACAGGUGAAUGGAGAUGA